CCUCAACUUCUCCUCGAAUCAGUUCAUGAUCAACUCCAGUCACUUGUUGAUGCUUCACAUACCUUAGUUCCGUUCCUGUUUUGUUAUUUUAAUUUUAUUUUAAUUAGACUUGGACAGAAGUAAACAUCAAUAUGAUGAUGAUCUCUUAGAGAACCCACUUGAAUAGUCGACUAUUAGGGAUGCUCAAACUGCAGAACUAGACCACGGGAAUAAGGGACAGCUUUCUGGUUAGGAAACGGUCACACCAUAGUUAAAUUGAUGCCCAUGGUGUCUUAUCGUAUAUACAACUAGUCGUAGGAAAUCUUGAUGGCAUGUUCUGCAGAUUUUUUGAACUGACAGAGAAAAUUAUAUGUGAUUUUUGUCAACUAAUUGAUCAUAGCUAAGAAUUUAACUUGUCUGCUUUAAGAAUUGCCUAAAUUAUUUAUUCAGUCCUCGUUUUCUUAGAAAAAUAAUUAGUAGUCAAUCUGAUUAAAAAAACAAUAUUAUAUCCCUCUGUUUUCAUUUCCAUGAUAUUUUAAUAUCUUCCCUGAGUGUUUGUUAAUUAAGUGACAACUUGUCACCAAUUUAACUUUUUUUUCCCUACAAAAUAUCCCCUUUUGAAUUAAAAUAAUUUUAUAAGCCUCGAUUUGAUAUUGAUCUUCUUAAGAUCUAGAUCGUGCUCAUGCCAAUUCUCCUAUUAACUUGAAAGGAAAUUGUUUGGGGUUUUUUUCUUAAAAAAUGAAAAAUAACAUCUUUUUUUAAAAAAACUGAAUUCUCCUAUUAACUUGGUCUUAGGUUAAGCCUCAAGUAAGCGAUUAUAAAAUUGACGGCCGAGCAAAGAUUAUAACUAUGAAUUUUUCCAUUUUUAACAUGCAUGUGAUUGUUGCGUCUUGGAGCUGUUCAUAUUCCUUGACGGCUGGACCGGCAAAGUACCAAACAAAAACAUACAAUAACGAAGGAUUUGUAAAAGAAAUGUCCGAGACUCUCUGGCAUAUUUUUACCUUAGCUUGCAUGGAUAUUCAGGGGAGAUGAGAUGGUGAUUUAAGAAGGAUCUCAUCUGACAAACAACCUAAACCCCGAAGAAAUAAUUAAUUAUUCGAUUGGAAUUAGCAAAUCUAAUCAACAUAAUAGAAAUUACAGGGAGCAUUUGAUAAUUAAAAUAUGGGGAAAAUAAGGUAGGAAAACACCAGGAAAUUCACAAGGUGAUGCAGAAAUGGAGUCCAAAUCAGAGACUUGGUCUUUCUGCAGAUGUCAUUUUCUUCUUUGUUCUUUUUCCUGGAAUAAUCUAUCAACUGAAACUUCAAAUUCCCACCUCUGUUUUCGUCUGAUUUGACUGUAGGUGGCAUCUAUGAAAUUAAUUUUAAAUAAUUCACACGUUUACUCUAGGAAUUUAAACAUAGGGCACCGUAACAUCACAAAAUUCUUUCUCCUUGAUUCGUCAUCAUACCAUAUAAACUUAAUCGGCCAAAAUAAUAGAACAAAGGAUAUCAAUAUAAGGUUACAGACUUACAGUAACUCAUAUUAUUUACAAUAAAUUAUAUUUAAUUUUUAUAAUGUGAAAGUAGUGAUGUGUUUAUGACUCUUUUUUUAUAUAUAGAUUUUCAUUUAAUAAAUUCAUACUUGGAGCAACAAUUAGGAUCUUAAAAACUAAAUAAUCUAAAGAUAUAUCAUGAAAUUAAAAUAAUAAAAUAAUAUAUAGACAUCCACACAUAUAAAGGCUUGUAGCUGCCAUGAAAACAGGAAUAGGCAUCUCUUCUUCCUUUUUAGCGCGUGACCCAGCGAGGAUUAAAGUAUGAAAUGAUUUGGUGUAUAAGGGUCUACUAAAAUAGCUAUGAAAUCGCUCGUGUCAAGUGGCCACAUCACCUUCCAAUUUAAGCCAAACUCAAUAGUCAGCUCUUAAAAUUCUUGACGAAGCCUCUUUUCGGUAUUUUAUGAGUUCCGUAAACACGAUUUUCUUAUUCUAAUAUUAUAUAUUAAAAAAUCAUUUCAAUCUCAAAGUAAAAUUUUAGAUUAUAAUUUAUAUUGUUAUUUAACAAUAAAAAACUUAGAACAGGUUAUUUUUUCUAUUAAAAUUUCAACAUUAUUAAUACUUGUUAGGACAAAUUUUUUUUAGGAUGUUUGGAAAUAUAAUAAAUAUUUUUUUAAAGUGUUUUUUUAAAUAUUUAAAAAAAUUUUAAACAUAAAAAACUUAGAACAGGUUAUUUAUUCUAUCAAAAGUUCAACAUCAUUAAUACUUGUAGGACAAAUUUUUGUAAGGAUGUUUGGAAAUAUAAUAAAUAUUAUUUUUUAAAGUAUUUUUGUAUUUAAAAAUAUUUAAAAUAAUUUGAAAAAUUAAUUUUAAAUAAAAAUAAAUAAAUUUUAACCAACUUUUUGUACCGCAAUCCCAAAUGUACCUUUCUAGUAUUCAGAGACCAAUGUUUACGUUGGCCGUAGCACAAUAAGUAUAAAGCCAUACAUUUAAGACAUGAAACAUGAAAAUUUUAACAAGAACACAGAAUUUGACUAUCAGGAUUCAAAAUACACAUUAUCUUGCUGACAAAAUGACCUGCCUUCUUGUUCGGCCACCUGAAUUUACGUUGAUGCCACUCUCACCAUUCUAAUGGAAGCUUCUCUUUGACAAAAUCCCCUUUGGUCAAAUAAGUACUACCAAUUCUAUUGUAUUGAUCGAUUAAAUAACUCCCACCUAUGUGUUUCUUCCUCUUAACUCAAUACUUGAACAACGUUUCCUGUCAAUCCCUCUGCAAAAACACGAUCGCUACUCCUUCAGGCCAUGUCUUGGCUUAUCCUACUCCUAACCAUAGCCUUGGUCUGUGGUUCAGCACCUGUGUUUGCUGAUGAUGAUGAGCGAUAUCUGAACUGCAUGAAGUCAUUUGAUUGCGGAAAUAUUAAGGGUGUUGGUUAUCCUUUCUCUGGAUCCGAUAGGCCUGAUUACUGUGGCUAUCCCGGGUUUGAGCUCGGUUGCAGCAACCAAGAUCCGGAGAUCACAAUCAUGCAAUUGAGUUACAAGCUCCUUGGCAUCAAUAGCCAGUCGCGGACUCUCAAUGUUUCUAGAACAGAUUACACAAAAAAUCUCUGUCCUACUCUCCUUUCCAACACCUCUUUGAAUCCAAAUCUCUUGAGUUCCACUUCAGAUCAUGCUGAGGUAACACUAUACUAUGGUUGCCCUAGUCCAAGCCCACCAGCGUUAUCAUCUCAGUUUACUUGCAACAUUAACGACACUGUUAUGGUGGGAAACUUUAUAACAGUCAACUACUCUGUCCUUAGUAUUACUGAUCCCAGCUUAAUCAGCUACCUGACAACAUGCAACAAUAGUGUUAAAUUUCCUGCCCAUCAGUCAGCUAUUGUGCCAAUUCUAGUCAGUUCAAAUGUAUCACAGUUUCUUGAAGCUAUUAAUCAAGGUUUUGAGUUGGAGUGGAGUGCAAAUGAUUCAUUAUGUGAUACAUGUGAAUCUUCUGGUGGUCAGUGUGGGUACAACAAGACCACUACAGCAUUCACUUGUUACUGUGCGGAUCAACCUCAAGAUUUUGAAUGCUCAUCAUCACCACAGGCACCUAGUCAAUCAACAAAAUCUUCUUGGAGUCGUGGGCAGCUACAUAUUGCUGUAGGCAUAUCAGCAGCUGUGGCAGCGAUAAUAACGUUUUCCAUAAUUACAAUAUGUCUCACUAGAAGAAAAGGUUCAUUUAGUGCCGUCAUAGCAAAGAUCUUCAGGCCGAAGAAUUCGCAGCAUGCUGACAGUGUUGAAACAUUUAUGAUGGACUACCAUUCUCUUACUCCCAAGCGUUAUUCAUAUUCAGAUAUCAAGAAAAUGACCAGCUCAUUCGUCAAUAUACUAGGUCAGGGGGGGUUUGGUUAUGUAUACAGAGGAAAGUUACUAGACGACGGUCGUCUCGUGGCUGUAAAAGUUCUAAAAGAGUCCAAAGGUGAUGGAGAAGAGUUCAUGAAUGAAGUUGCAAGCAUCAGUAGAACUUCCCACGUUAAUGUAGUUACCCUUUUGGGUUUCUGCUACGAGAGGAAUAAAAGAGCUUUGAUUUAUGAAUUCAUGCCCAAUGGAUCUUUAGAUAGCUUUAUAUCUGAUAAAGGAACCCCACUUACAAACUGUCGUUUAGAAUGGAAAAAAUUAUAUGAAAUUGCAGUUGGUAUUGCUAGAGGUCUGGAGUACUUGCAUAGAGGUUGUAACACUCGGAUUGUGCAUUUUGACAUAAAACCUCACAACAUUCUUCUUGAUGACGAAUUUUGUCCAAAGAUCUCAGAUUUUGGUCUCGCGAAGCUAUGCCAGAGCAAAGUAAGUAAGAUUUCGAUGAUAGGUGCAAGAGGGACUGUUGGUUACAUAGCACCUGAAGUAUUCUGCAGAUCUUUUGGAGGAGUAACUUACAAGUCUGAUGUGUAUAGUUAUGGAAUGAUGGUUCUUGAAAUGGUCGGACAAAGGAAAGACUUUGAUAUCGGAUCGUUGGAAACGAACGAGAUGUAUUUCCCGAAUUGGUUUUAUAUGUAUCUUGAACCAGGAAAGAUUUCAACACUUCAUGGAGGUACAACGGAAGAGGAAGAAGAGAUUGUUGAAAAGAUGAUCUUAGUGGGUUUGUGGUGCAUCCAAACCAUUCCAUCACAUAGACCAUCAAUGACAAAGGUGGUAGAGAUGUUUGAAGGCAGUCUUCAGUCUUUGCAAAUUCCACCGAGACCUUCCUUUUCUUCUCCUAGAAGAUCCGCUCAAGAGCACUCUUCCAUUGUAUCAUCACUGCCUUGCGUGUCAUCGCAGGGAGAUGAGCUGAAUUAAAAUGGAAUCGUCUAUGUUCGAAACUAUACCAACGUAAAUCUUCUACUCUUCAUCAAUAAGUUUCCUGUAGUCAUUCUUGUGAAGAACCGAUACCAGUGUAUGUUUAUAGGGAGCACAGAGGGGAGGUCUUCAAAGGCUUGUGACGAUCUUUCUGCUGUGCCUAUUGGGGUCAGAAGUAGUCGUUCCACGAUGAAGUCAAUUUGAGCUUUCAGAACGCGUAACAACCAACCAAUCUUCCCAUGGUAACAUUAAUGCCAAUCUAAGCAGCUUCUUGGGAUGUGUAGAACUAGUGUUAUUUUCCCGGCAUUUCAACCAGCUGCUCCGCGUAUAGGCAGCAACACUACUGAAGCAGAUGUGAUCCAAGUGUUUAAUCAAGGUUUACUGUGCCCAACAUGAUAUCAAACUUUGCCAAAAAUCAUCAUCAUGUCUUUAUGGUUCUGUUCUUUUCUUUUUUUUUCGCGAAUGAGUGAUUUCAUUUAUCGAAGAUGAAAUGGCAGGAACCAAACCCUGCUUACAAGGUUUUAGGGAAAACGAAAACAAAAGGAAGGGAGGCUGUAAUAGCACAUUACAGAUAACCGUUCCUUUUCUCCUGCACCUGACAGUAAAAGAAAUAGGGUCAAGAAGCUUGCUGGUAGUAGAAUAUAAUUCAGUAUGACAUCUAGCUAGCCAAAUGAAGGGAGCUCUAAAUCAAGGUUUUGGGUUGGAGUGGAAGCACAUGAUAACUUUCUAGUGGUCAGUGUGGAGACAACCAGACUACUACACUUGUUAUUGCAAGGAUCAACCUGGACAAUUAAUUUUCUUGCCAAGAUUCUCCAGCUAAUGAUCAAUCCCCAAGUAUGUCCUCUUCCCUGAUAUUAUUUUUUGUGAAAAUUGUUAGAUAUUAGUUACAAUACUAGUGGAGGUCGGAAUCCUUUAUUAAAAAGAUUUGUGUUAAAUUUGUUUAUCACAAUCUUUGUUUUUAAUUAGAUAGUUAGAUUAGUAGAUAGAUUAGGAUAGUUAAAGGAUUAAUUUCGUUAUAAAUAUAAGGGUAAAUGUAGAAGGAGCAGCAGCUUAAACA